AUGGAUACUAGUAGCAUUCAAGAAGUGAAGAACUUGUCUGGUUUUGAAGAGGGUCUUCUUCCUUUGAAAUAUUUAGGAGUGCCUCUAACUUGUAAAAAGCUGAGCUUGAAUCAUUAUUUGCCUUUGGUGGAUAAGAUUUUAGGCAGAAUGAAGCAUUGGUCUGCUAAGUUGUUGAGUAUAGCAGGAGUCAUUCACAAGAUAAAUGCAAUGUGUAGGACUUUUAUUUGGUCUGGUAAGUUUGAUAAGAGCAGGAAAAGCCUUGUUGCUUGGUCUAAGGUCUAUAGGUCUACCAUCCAAGGGGGUCUGAAUAUGCUUAAUCUUGAGAAAUGGAACAAAGUGAUCCUGCUGAAAUGUCUGUGGAAUAUUUGA